GUCAGGCAUUUUGUUAUCAUUCAUUGAUCCAAAAAUGUCGCAUUUUUUUAAAAUUAUUUUAUUGUCGGCAGUCUGUUUCAAUUGGAUUGAAGCAUUAACGAGUUUAAAAAAAAAAUGUGGGGAGAACGAAUACUUCAAUGUUAUCGGGGGCUGCAAUCCGACAUGUGCGAACCCAAAACCAGUUUUAUGUCUGAGAGAAAACUCUUUUGGGUGCCACUGUAAGAGCGGUUAUGUGAGAAAUCCAUUCCAUCAAUGCGUCAAACCUGAGGACUGUGAUAAGAUAAUAAUUGGGCCAGUGGAACCUGGUUCGGAAAGUAUCAAAAUUGAUCUUAAUGACCCUGGGUUAAGGGGAGAGGUUGUAGAAGCUUUUGGAAGACCUCCGAUUAUUCCUGAAACAGGAAAUUAUAGAAGUGAUAUCGACCCUAAUGACCCUGAAGUAAAGAACGCGCUUGAAAAAAUUUUUGGAAAGCCGGAAAAUUUAUUUCCGCAAGGAAUUAACGAUAAUCAGAUUGAUGAUGGACCGAGACAACAUUUUGGAGAAAUUCCCGAAGAAUUUCCUGGUGACUUUGAAAAUGUAAAUUACGAUGGUGAUAUCGACCCUAAUGACCCUGCAAUGCAAGGAAGGGUUGAAGAUAUUUUUGGAAAUGAUCCUAUUGUUCCUGAGGAGGUCGAAUAUAAUGAAAAUCUUGACCCUAAUGAUCCGGAAAUGAUGAAAAGACUCGAAGAAAUUUUUGGAAAACCUCCUAGUGUUUCUGAGGAAGCAGAAUAUGAUGAAAAUCUUGACCCAAAUGAUCCGGAAAUGAAGAAAAGACUCGAAGAAAUUUUUGGAAAAUCUCCGAGUGAUUUUGAAGCAGGAAAUUAUAAUGAUAAUGUUGAUCCUAAUGAUCCUGAAAUGCAGGAACGAGUUGAUGAUAUUUUUGAAAAGCCUCCUAGUGUUGCGGCGGGAGGACAGUAUAAUGAAAAUUUUGACCCUAAUGAUCCUGAAAUGCAGGAACGAGUUGAUGAUAUUUUUGGAAAGCCUCCUAGUGUUGCGGCGGGAGGACAGUAUAAUGAAAAUUUUGACCCUAAUGAUCCUGAAAUGCAGGAACGAGUUGAUGAUAUUUUUGGAAAGCCUCCUAGUGUUGCGGCGGGAGGACAGUAUAAUGAAAAUUUUGACCCUAAUGAUCCGGAAAUGAAAAAAACGCUCGAAGAAAUUUUCGGAAAAUCUCCGAGUGGUUUUGAAGAAAAAAAUUAUGAGAGUGAUAUUGAUCCAAUUGAUCCUGAAACGAAGAAAAGAGUUGAAGAAAUUUUUGGAAAACCUCCUAACGUUCCUGAGGGAGAAAAAUUUCAAAGCGGUUAUAACUCUUACGACACUGCAAUGAAAGACAUUCCUGAAAAAAAUUAUGGAAAUAAAAUGGAUCCUCCGAAAAGAGAUUUUGAAAUCGAGUAUAGGUAUAAGAGAUAAAAUUCAUAGCCAAAAACAAUGUAUUGAAUUUUUAAACGUAUUAAAAAAACAUAAAUUUGUGUAAUUAGAACUGUCAAAAAAUAAGUCAAGUAUUUUAAAUAAAUUUAUAAUUAAUGUAAAUAUACACUGCGGUUUCGUAUAAAUUAAUAACUGAUAUUUUUAAGCUUUGCACGGUUUAAAUAAAAACAAAUAUUUGUAGGCGGUUUCACAACAUUUAUGGAGUGUAGAGAAUGAAUCAUAACUUGAAUCAUAAGUAAAUAAAUUAUAUGGCACUUUAUAAAUUCAAUAAAA